GCCGGCCUCAGGGCGCAGGGAGGCUCGGAACCGGGGUCGCGCCGGGGUCCCGCGCUCGGGGCCUUCGCCGAGGGGCGGAGGAGACUAGGGGCGGGCGAGUGGGCGGCGGGUCCCGGCCGCGCUUCUCCCUGGCCGGGACUGCGAAUCGGGGCCGCCAACUUCUCCGCGCCCGCGCCCGCGCUCUCGGUCCCCCGAGCUUCCGCGCGCGGGCUCCGAAUCGCCGCCGCCGCCUCCUCGCCGCGCCCCACGCCCCCGCCGGCCGCGCUCCUCCUGGUUACAAAGGAGGGAAAAUGAGCCGGGCGGCCGAGCAGCGCGAGUCCCGCGCAGCGGCCCCCGGCACCAUGUAGAGCGCCCCUCCCGCCGCAGCCGGCCGGCCCAGCCACCCACCGCCCGCAGCCCACCGCCGGGCCGGGCCGAGCCCGCGCCGCCCAGCCCCGAGCCCCGCGCGGCGCCUCCGGCCGGGAAGAGGCGGAGGAGGAGCACCGCCGGAGCCCAGGCGCCGCCUUCCCGUCCCCGCGCCGCGCGCCCGCGCCCGCGCCGUUGUCUGCGGUCGGCUCUGGACCAGUUUGGGGAAGUUGCAGGGGCCCUGCGUCGCCCAGAUGUGCGACCUCAUUGAAUCGCAGCCGGCCGAGAAGAUCGGCAAGAUGAAGAAGUUGCGGAGAACUCUGUCGGAGAGUUUCAGCCGCAUCGCUUUGAAGAAAGAUGACACCACCUUUGAUGAGAUAUUAUCAAGUUUCCUGUGGACAUGGGAAUUAUCCAGAAUGGCUCCUUCCUUAGAACACAUGCUCAUCUAUUUGGGACGUUGGAAGGCACUGCAGAUAUGUGUCACAAAGAUGUCUACACGGAACUGCCAGGGAAUGGACUCAGUGAUCAAACACCUGGACACAAUUCCUGAGGAUAAAAAGGUCCGAGUCCAGAGGACACAGAGCACUUUUGACCCCUUUGAGAAACCAGCUAAUCAAGUGAAGAGGGUGCAUUCUGAGAACAAUGCUUGCAUUAACUUUAAGACCUCCUCCGCUGGCAAAGAGUCGCCUAAAGUUAGGAGGCACUCUAGCCCGAGCUCGCCAACAAGUCCCAAAUUUGGAAAAGCUGACUCAUAUGAAAAACUGGAAAAAUUAGGGGAAGGAUCUUAUGCUACAGUUUACAAAGGGAAGAGCAAGGUGAAUGGGAAAUUGGUAGCCUUGAAAGUGAUCAGGCUACAAGAAGAAGAGGGGACACCUUUCACAGCCAUCAGAGAAGCUUCUCUGUUAAAAGGACUAAAACAUGCUAACAUAGUGCUGCUUCAUGACAUCAUUCAUACCAAGGAAACACUGACGCUUGUCUUUGAAUAUGUGCACACUGAUUUAUGUCAGUACAUGGACAAGCAUCCCGGGGGGCUCCAUCCAGAUAAUGUGAAGUUGUUUUUAUUUCAGUUGCUGCGAGGGCUGUCUUACAUCCACCAGCGUUAUAUUUUGCACAGAGACCUGAAACCCCAGAAUCUUCUGAUCAGUGACACGGGGGAGUUAAAGCUGGCAGAUUUCGGUCUUGCAAGAGCAAAAUCUGUCCCCAGCCACACAUAUUCCAACGAAGUGGUUACCUUGUGGUACCGGCCUCCAGAUGUGCUCCUGGGCUCCACGGAAUACUCUACCUGCCUUGACAUGUGGGGAGUUGGCUGCAUCUUUGUUGAGAUGAUACAAGGUGUUGCUGCUUUUCCAGGAAUGAAAGACAUUCAAGAUCAACUUGAACGAAUAUUUCUGGUUCUCGGAACACCAAAUGAGGACACGUGGCCCGGGGUACAUUCUUUACCACACUUUAAGCCAGAACGCUUUACCCUGUACAGCUCUAAAAACCUUAGACAAGCAUGGAAUAAGCUCAGCUAUGUGAAUCAUGCAGAGGAUCUAGCCUCCAAGCUCCUACAGUGUUCCCCAAAGAACAGACUGUCUGCACAGGCCGCCCUGAGCCACGAGUAUUUCAGUGACCUGCCCCCGCGGCUAUGGGAGCUGACUGAUAUGUCUUCUAUUUUUACCGUCCCAAAUGUGAGAUUGCAACCAGAAGCUGGAGAGAGCAUGCGGGCCUUUGGGAAAAACAAUAGUUACAGCAAAAGUCUAUCAAACAGCAAGCACUGACAAGCACAGUAUUCUCAAGAGUGCACAGAGUUGGAUGAGGAAGUGGCAGAGGCUGUCUGCACACUGGAGACCAAAGAAUUCAGUCCAAGGUCUGGAGCUCACUGCAGCGUCCCCUGCAAGGCCACAUCAGGAGGCUGGUGGGUCUGCAGUAAAGGCCAAAGGAGUGGCAGUGAAAGCCAAAGAGUCUGCACUGGAAGCCAAGAGAUGAUGUCCAAGCUGAAGGUGAAGACUGGCGCUCCUCCAAAGAACAAAAGCGAGUCCAUCCUUCCUUAUUUCCCCUCUAUACCUUCUAGGCAACAAGCUGUCCUAGCAUGGGUCCUCUACAACCUAGGACAUAGAAUUACUGAGCUGAUUUAGUUAAGCUUCUAAACUUCUCAAAUUGACAAAAUCAGCCAACCACUAUAGUACCUUUUAGUGUUAGCUCUAGUUCCCAUGUUCAGUUUUACCUAAAUCCAAAAUAACUGCAAAGUACUUGACCAUCUUUUAGUAUGUCUCAUCAAAGUUUUGAAAGUGUCUUACUGUUGGUAACUCAGUAACUUUUUUGCUGAUGACUACAAUGAUGAAGAAAACACUAGCAUAAGAAAAUGAUUCAUAUUAAGAUUCAUUGUUCAUAAAUUAUUAAGAAUAGAAUUGACUAGUUAUGUACUUGUAAAGAAAUCAACUAAAGUAAUUUGAAUAUGAUAUAACUUUAAAAGUCACAAUAAUUAAAGCAAGUAACAUAAAGAAACAUAUGAUAAUGUGGAAGAGUGGAAUGUUUUGCUUAUAUGUAUAAAAACUAUAAUAGGAAACAUGACUGAAAAAUACAUUAAACUGUUAUAUCCUUGGUUUAGCAGAGCAAAUGGUUUUUACAAAUUUUAUUUUGUAAUUAGGAAAGUUAGUUAAUGUACAGUUUUACAGCCAUAAAAGGCUGUCGCUGUAAUUCCAAUCUCAGGGUCCCUAUAGAUCAGCCCAAGUUCUUUGAUGCUCUCUCCUCCCUAGACUUUCUUCUGUAGAUUUAUGGUGAGAAGUAAGAGUCGCAGGCUAGCCAAACUCCUUGCACAAUGGCAGGGAAUUCUGUAAAUUAAAAUUUAAAGCUCUUUCUAUUACCCCAAGAAGUGCAGCUAAAUUAACACUAGACAUAGCAGCAUCUAGAUAACUAAGAGGCAGCAUGAGAUCCUAAUGUAGCCAAAACACAAAGAGAAGAGCUGAAUUAGUCACAUCAGUGGAAGGAUAUGGCACAUCACAGUCUGCACCUGCCACUUACCUCAGUGGGUUUUCAGGCAGUUUUUUCAAGUCUUUUGAAUGAAACAAUGAAUGAAUACAUCACUUUCCUGUGCUGGCAUCAACUCCACAAUGUGUUAUGGAUUGAGUGUAGGAGAUGUUGUGAGAAAGCUAUGACUGUCUUCCAGACCCUUUCGCUUGGCUGUAGCCCUUGAGUGUGGCUCAUGCUGUACUCGCUCCCCCAUUGCACUUCUGCCCCUGCACACCUCCUGAUCGUGGUAGUGUUGGCACAGUCCUCUGUGUUCCACUGCCCACUCAUAGGGCCAGAAACCAUUUCCAGAGGUCAGAAGUUCAGAUUCUUGACCUUUCUUUCGUCUUGUCCUGCAGCAUAAAAAUACAGGAGAGAGGUUGAUGAGACAGAAUCAUUAUUUUUUGUCUGUUCCCUUUAUUUGUAAUGUGGGCUAACAUUAAUUUUGCAAAUAAUCAUAUUUUAAGAAAAUAAAUUUGUAUUGAUAUUAUAUAUGCUGACAUACCUAGGGACAAAAACUGGCUUGUUAUGUAAGUUUUAUAUAAAUAUAUUAUUAUAUAAGUAACAAUACUUGUAAUAAUACAUACACAAUUCUACCAACAAAAAUGUUUCAUUUUUAAGUAUUUCACUUUCUUUGUGACUUUCCACACCAUGCUUCAUCAUUCAAAGGCUCUGCUUUCCAAUUUUUAACUUCACCCAUCUCUUUAUUUGAAAUUGAAAUGUUACCAGGGAAGAGCAAAAAGAGAAAACCAGAGGGGAAGCGGCUGGAGUGAAAAAAGGCAGAGGGAGAAGACUGCUGAGGGGGAGAAAAAAGAUUUAAAUGAGACGUAGAAUGAAUGCUUCACUUGUUGGCUUUUAGCACAAUUACCAUACCUUAGGAAAUAUGCAGGGAAUAGUUAAUUGCCACUAAAUGAGCCCCUUUUAGAGGCAGUGGCAGGCCCAGGGAUCUGACUGUCAGAGCUGUGAAAGAUGCUGAAUUGGAAGGCCAGUUUCCAUGUCAGGCAGUGGAUGGUCAGCCUGGCUCGCCAGGCAGAGAAAACAUAGCCGGGGAAGAGUAGCCUCAGACAAGAGAGCCUGGUAGAACAUUUGCAUACUUUUCCUGCAAAGGAGGUUUAAUCCAGAGAAAGAAGGAGAUUUUGGUAUUGUCAGCCUGGCUUUGUUCAGCGUGAAGAGCAGAGGAAAAUCAGCUGAAGGGCCUUUCUCAAAGCUGUGGUCCCAGGCUUGAGUUGUCCCAGCAAAGUUAUGUUCUUGAGAAUUGUUUGCACACUAUGGUCUGUUUGAAGAUCUUCUAAGCCCAAUGAUCUCAAAAUAUCCCCCUUUAGCAGCACAAACGAAGAGAAUUUUUGUGGUAAAAGUGACUCGUAUUGCAGACUGAACCCAAGAGCCCUUUGUUCUUACACAGAAUCCUCUGAAGUUCUGAGGGUGCCUCUUAGAGCCAGACUGAGCAAGUCAUACCCUAAAAGUCUUCCCAGACUAGAAAACAAGGCAAAAGCAAUCUACACUUGUGUCUGUCAUAGGAGGCAGCACUCUCCAAAAAAGAUGGCUCCAGAAAAGUAGCAGAUAAAAAGCAAGUUUGGUUGAAAUGGCUCAUUUUUGCCCCAUUUUCCUGAAGAAAUUUUUGAGGUUGCAGAGUUUGUUUAUAAAGCCAAGCCUCAUUGUUUGGACCGUUGCAUUGAAGUAUUCCCAUCAUUCAGUUGCCCUGGUCUUUUAUCUAGCAAGAUGAGUUUCUGAGAUCGCUCUGUGUCCAGUUUUCAAAACUGGGUUCUGACCUUCAGCAUGUGUUUUCUAAAACCCUACACAUUUCUAAUGAGGGAUAUAUACCUGCAGUCCCUGCUUGCAUGCUAGAUGAUCACAGUAUUGUGGUUCAGAAAUCAGGACUUAUUUCAGCUUCCCUAGUUGCUUUGAGCCUAAGUGCCCAUAAUCCUUAUAGUUCAGGACAUUGUUUAAAUAAUGUACUUAUAUAUAAAAGUAAUCACGGGGAGCUGUGAGUGCCUUUUUAAAUUCAUGAUUUUUCAUAUAGAACUUAAUUAGUAUUCAAAAAUGUGUUAUCUUAAUAUAUAAUUAAAAUCACAAACGAAACAUUCCUUUUUAAACUGAUAGAAUAUAUAUAUAUAUAUAUAUAUAUAUAUAUAUUAUAUAUAAAAUAAGACAUUAUCAGAGGUUGGAAAAAUCUAUAUGUAUUUACACAUAGCAGGUAAUUUAACCUGAGUUUUUGAAUUAAUAUUUUCUUCCCAGUUUCAUUUUAUGGUUCUUGUUCUUUUUGCUAUAGUGAGUAAUGAAAAAAAAAUGUUUAUUUAAGGUUCUGACAAUAAAGCAUCUGAGUUUCAAAAUAAAUGCGAAUGGUUAACAUGAAAAAUUAAGAAAAAGAUUACUUCAAAAUUAACAUAAGCCAGCUUCUGGGAGAAUAGCUGUGCACUCUUCUUUGGUGCAGUAAUUAGAGCUUUCAUCAAGAUGACCCUGUCCAUCAUGGGUAAAGGACUAGUGGGUGUGGGUCCCAGGCAGACAUACAGCUAAGGCCUUAGCAGGGGCGAGUUGCAAGUUUCUGAAGUUACCGUUAUUUUUUGUUAUGAGUGAGAUGCUUGUGUCUAAUCUAAGUAAACUCUGCCUUGCUGGAAGUGGUGCAUUUCUUUCUCCUGCUUUGCAUUUUCCCCUGUGAGAAGCAUGUCUGAAUGGGGGGGACUUGAAUAUACCUCUUUGUUGCUGAACUUGUCAAGCACAGCACUGUGUUCUCUUUCCCACCAGGAAGGUCAGGCCGCUGGGGGCCAAUCUGCUUUCUGAAAUGAACCCUACUGUCUAUCCCUGGUGUCUGACAGAUUGAAACAGUUGUCUGUGUUACUGUGCUUUCAAUGCUAUUUAAAUGGCUUGCUUUCUGAGGAGGAAAAAAAAGGUAAUAUGUGUAGGCUACACUGAAAAAAUGAAAUUUUUUGAAAGGACCAGACUUGUAUGUUAAUAUGUAUCUAAAAGAUAAAUUUAAUUAACUUUCUAAGAACAUAUUUACACAUCCAGGAAGUUAACCAUGUGCAGUUAAAGCCUGGCUCUCUCUCUCUCACACGCUUUAUCUCCCCCCUCCCUCCAAGAUAAGCCUUUAUUUCUGAGUUCUUCUGAAGACUUUUGUGUAUGUGUUUUUCUAAUUGGAGUAAUAAAAUUAUGAAGUAUGGAACUGUUUCAAUAGUAGACUUAUAGAAGUAAGAGUCCUUUGUUCCUGUAGAUUUCAGCUGCAUUGUAUUUUGAUCAGAGGUAUGUAUAAAGCCUGAAGAAAUAUGUACUGCAUGAGCCUCACUUCAAUACUCUCCAGAUAAUUGAGCUAAUUAAAUCUUUACCAACAUUAACACAACUCCAGCAUUCCUUGGACAGUGGAUAAUUAUUGCAUGAACAUGGCAAGCUUAAACUAAACAGAUGAAAAUAGAGUUCUGCGGAAUGGGUAUUGAGUUUAUUCUUUAUUCAUCUUUUGAUAAGGUUUAAUUAAAACUGCCUCUCUCUAUUGUAGUGAGAAUGAAUGUGCUUGUUUUCCUACUGAAAAGCAAAUUAUUCACUUCAGCCAUGGUUCAAUAAUCAAAGCCUUUGCAAAGUUUUGGGUUAUAGUGUAGCUGUGGGGAUAUAAUUGCUGCAAUUCUGUAUGAAGGCUUUAUCUUUUUUUAUUACUUUCUCUUAUUUAUUUUUGUAGAGAAAAAUUUAUAAAAGACCAUUUUGUGAUUUGGUAGAAGAGUGCCUAUGUUUGAAGCCUUGUUGCAGGUUUACUGUGGCUACAUUUUUUAAAGGUGCAUUUCUUAGAACCUCUUGCUGACAUGGGAGGUAAAAGGGACACACGCUGAAAUAGACGGCGUUUGAGAUGGAUUUCUGUUAGUGAAUAAAGUUUGGUAAAACCUUUAAAUCCUGUGAUUACCACAGGAUUAACAUAAUGGGGUGACAGUCCUGAGGGUAGAAAGCAAUAGGCAUUGGGUAUUCUUUCUACAAAUAUAUAUUUGCAUUCUCCUUAACUUUUUGUCCACCCACCAGAAAUAUUUUCUGUAUUGUUCAUUUAAAGGAGAUGGAGCUUUUUCUAAUCUUGGUGCUAAUUUUCUAAAACGAAUAGAUUUUAGGUACAUCAACGAUAACUUGUUAAUAUACUUACUGUCAUGAUUGCUGUGAUUUAUUUCCCUUUCUUCCUUCUCUCUUCUCUUUUUUUAAUAAAAUGGGAGAUUACAAAGAUAUUUAGUGGAACCAAGGACAAAAGUAAAAUGGGGCUCUGAAAGAUGAACUGGAAGCAGAGACUCCAGCACAGACAAGCUCUCUCACCCCACCUGUUUUUCUGUUGCCUUGAUCCUGGCUUUCCUUGCUUCUCUAGUCCCUGUGAUGGAAACCAGUUGACUUAUCCUAUGAUUUGUCACAAGAGAAAAACCAAACAUUACUCUGCGUCAGCGUCCCUGCUCCCUACCACGGGCGUUUACCCAUCCUAGAUCAAGUGAGUCGGCCCUGCAGCCCAAUAGCAGGCUCUUUACUUACCACUUCUUACUGCCUCUUGCUUUAUCCAUUCCUUAGGGAAGUGCGAAAUCCAGACUGGAACAAAUGUUUCUUCAUCUACAGAAAUAUUCUGAGGGUUAGAAUGCAGUGUUUUUAACCUCCUUUUUGAUUAGUGGUAUCCGUCUAGUGGACUAGAAAUAGUGCUUAAGUGUAAUAGACUAAAUGGGAAGGGAAAAUGUCCCAGAUGAUCACAUAUAGUGGGAAUAAUGACUAUUUUAUGAAAUUUCCCUUUCAGCUGUGAGUGCCUGUGUGUGUGUACUAUUGAGAGUCACUUAGAAAUGCAUUUUUUACAGUGAGUUGUGGCCAAAACAAGUUUCAAAGCAGUGACUGCUUCUUAGAUCCCCUUCAAGGCUUCUCCCGGGAGGCAGGGGUGGCGGGUGGGGAGGCACUGGGCAGGACUCCAGCCCCAUCCAUCUCCCAUCAAAGUGGCUCCACUUUAAUCUGCUCUACACUUUGUUUCCACCUAAUUUUUUUUUUCCUUAAACAAAGGAUACAGUGCCCAAAAGUUUGAGUGAACGGUUUUCCAGGUUCCUUCUUGGGAUUUUAGAGCUAAGUACGGUAGCCUUUGGGACAAGAACAGACAUUAUUUUGGUUUUCUGUACUAAAGAAGGUUUUGGGAAAUCAUCCAGCCUUUGCUAUUUUAGUUUUCUUUAUUUCCUCUUCCUGCCCCCUCCUUCCUUACUCUCUCCCCCUCUCUUUUUUUCUCUUUCACUGUCAUGUUCAAAUGCAGUUUCCCUACGUCAUCCCCUUAAAAACUCCGAGACUUAGUUUAUAGUAUGGACAGUAAAUCUGAAUGGACUUAAACAGCUUUGCCAUUUAAAAAAAGAAAACAACAGCGACUACCUCCGCCUGCACCUCUCCCUGUUAGCAGAAGUGUGGACGGAAGCAAGACUGCCAGGCUCAGCCACUUCCUCCAGGGCUUAAGUGCCCUCCGUGGACAACUGAGGAUCCUAGGGAGAAAUGGUCCUUAGUCGGGAUACAGAAAAAGACCAAAGAAAAAAACAGGCUUCUCUCAAAGUGUAUUUCAUACUGCUUCCUUUGGAAAGUAGAACUAGAUUUAGUGAUGGUUUUUUCAGCCCUUGCAUUGGAAGGAGGUCUCAGACACGCACUGUCCUGAAGCUGCAGCUGUGUGUUGAGCUCUCUCCUUAAUCAUGAGCUCUACAAUUCUUCUGUGAUGAAGAUGAGAAACGGUUAGGACUUCCUGCAUUUUUCCCCAGUACUUAUUGGUAGACCUUUUGUUUGUUACUGGAAAGAAAAGGCCAGACAACCUCACAGUGUAACACAUUACUUGAUAUAGAUGGUGCAUCAGGAUGACAAAGGGAGGAGCAAUUUGCUUGGUUUGACAUGAAUUUUAAAAAGUUGUUAAAAAUUAAGACAGGAGGGUUUUCUUUUUUUCUUUUUAAUUAGGGAGAAGCCCAAGUGUGGCACUGAAUGAGUACGCGCAGGAGAUAGCAAGGAUUUCCUUGAGUGAAGUGAAGAACCUAAUCAAGUGGGAGCAGUCUUUGCGAAAGGUUAAGUUUCAUGCCUUCAGUAGAGGCCACUCCAGACAAACUAUUAGUGAGAUAUAGGCUUGUGGUUGAAAUGAAAGGAGACUGACGAGGAAAAUUAAGGCCACCUCCACAUUGCAAGAGUAACAAACUGAUCUGGUGACACCUUUACUAUAGCCUCAAAGAACUCAGCAGGAGGUGGGGAUAGACUGGGCAACUCUGGGGGUGUAGAAGUGUCAUUUAGUUUAGGUUGAUAGGUAGGUAGAUAUAUGUAGAUAUACAUCUAGAUAUUAUAUGGAGAGAGAAGGACUGAGAUUAAAAACUACACGGAAGCUGGUUCACUGUUACGGAACUGUGGCUACAAUUUAUGACAGAAAACAGAGAUGAGACUAUGGUCAAACAGAAGACAGAAAUAAAUUAGAGAUGCAGCCCUAACUUACCAUCUCUCUCUAAGGCCAAGUUAGUACAUCCCAACCUCACGUAGGAUGUUCCUGUCUUGUUUUCAAAACAGUUGUGGAGGUGGUACUUCAAACCCUUUAACAGAUGCUACUCAUACAUCUAAGAUUUGCUUAAAGUAGCAGUUUUUAAAUCUUUAAGAUGAUGAUCAACUUUUACAGCCAUGGAGAUUUUAUGGAAAAGUACAGGUUUUCCUGUAUCUCACUUUAUAAAAAAGGAAAUGUAAGCCCCUCUUAGCACUCGCAGGACAGCAGUGACUGACUGAGGUGAGCCACAGCUGUGACUUAGAAGUACCACAGUCCCCACCACUUUUUCUUGUCUCCCUGUCCCCUGGACUAAAGAAACCACUUCUAUUUGCCUUCACCUUUUGCCAGUGUUUAUCUUGUAAGAAGAAAAAAAGAAAAGUACAAUAUUUUUGUAACCAAUGGUGCUAUACCAAGUGUCCCUUGUAACAGUAACCUGAAAGGGCCUUUUGUUGGAAGAAUUGAAAAGAACAUGUUUCUUUAUGUAAAUAAUCAAACCUACUUCCCUCACUUUGGUCACCUUCCUGCCCUUCCAGGACCUCUGUCUUAGAAUCAUUUCUAACUUUUUGGCAGUCAACUGUGUUAUUAUAUGUGUUAACCUUCUUUUCUCAAGGGGACCAUAAAGCAUUUUUGAUAUAAAGCUAUCUGUUCCACAGCAUAUGGCACUACAUUCUACACUAAGUGAAAUAUUUGCAUAUCGUUAGUGGGGAGCCAGGAGUAAAGUGAAAAGAACAUAACAAAUUUCCAAGGAAGAAGGAUUGUAAGUAAGUAGUCCAAAUGAAUGAAAACCAUAAGACAAAUCGACAAACAUUUAUUAAAUACCAAUAAAUCACUGAGAUUUUGUGAGAGAUACAAACGUUUGUGAGAUAUUGUCCCUAUAGUACAGCAAUUUCUUUGCAGCAGGUGACAUAAGGAAUAGAAUUACUAGCUUCAUAUAAGAGAUGAGAAGUUCUGUUAGACAAAUGUAGCUACUAUGCUAAGAAAACAGAGCAAGGGGAGAUUUUUCUGGAGCCAGGGAUUACAGAGAAGAAAAUAUCUGCGCUAACAUUUGAGCACUAAGUAGAAUAUCUAUAGUUGGGGGACAGAUUCCAGGAAGAGUUAUCAAACCAGGAAAGGCUACGAAGUCCAGAGUAUGUUUGAAACAGGACAAAACAUGUAUUUGUUUCCAACAGUAGGACUUGUGAGUAGGUACAUGGGUCUGUGGAAAAGGAAGAAAGAGAAUGGCCAGGCACCGUCCACUGUCAUGUCAGAACAGCACAGGAACUUUGACUGCCUCUGCAGAUCAACUUAGAAAUUCAAGAACUGCAGUGUCCCCAGAGCCCUGUUCCUUAACCUUUGCUUUAUGCUUCCUGUUUCUAGAGAAUUCUGCAAUGCCACAGAACAAUAAAAUUACUGCUAAUAAUGUUGAUAACAUCUCAUUUAUUGUUUACUGUGCCAGAAGCCAUGCUGAGUGCUUUGUGUGAAUGAUUCAUUUAAUCCUCCCAACAACUCUCAAAGGGGAGUGUUUUUAUCCCCAUUUGCAGCAGAAAAGACUGAGAUGUGAACUGUUUCUUCAGGUCUGCUGAUAUCCCACUAAGAAGUAGUACGUCACUCAUUGUGCUCAUCACUGGACUUUUUAUUCGACUCUGACAGGCUUCUUUAUUUUAGAUAAUUCAAUCAUGAUCAGUCUAAGUCUAUAAAAUUAUUUAGUUGCUAAUGUCUAGAGUAGCUUCAGCUACCUCUAGAGAUAAAAUUAGAGAUUUAAGAACUACAAUGCCCUCCAAACCCUGUCCAAAUUGAGUUAAUUAAACUGUAACUUGAACACUCUAAAAGCCCUAUUUAAAUACAAUUUCAUUCUUAGUGAAAAGCCCCAGCAACCUUGGUUAAAACUGAAUGCAGUCAGAAGUAAAAGUGUCAAUUUGUCUUUAAUCUAAAAUUCUCAACAUGAAAAUGUGGCAUGUGUCAUUGUUGCAGUUGGUUCUUCAAAUUUAUAUCACCAUUCUCAAUAAAAUGAUAAUGCUGUACAUAAAUUUUAUGAAGACACAUUGGUCUGAGAACAUUGGGGAUUUCUACAUAAUCAUUUGUUUUUUAAAAACAUAUAUUUAAGACGCUAUCACUGUGGUCCACAUUUGAAUGGUGUUGACAUUUCAUAAAAUUUUUUUAGGUUAAAUAUGUGAUUCAAACAAUGUAAUCCACUACAGCCUUAGUCUCUGACCAUUUUGAGUAGAUCUAAGCAGCUCCCAUGAUUUAUGUCAACUUGGGAGAGAAGUGACACAGAUAACAGAAAUGUUAGUUGAGGGUACAUUGUUCCAACCACAGCUGUACUAUUCUAGUAAUUUUUGGAAGAUAACCUAACAGCAGAAUGAGUUUGUAUUCCUUAAAAUACCAACCAUUUUGGAGCAGGAAUUCCAGGAUGUUGUGAUUCCCUAAAGUAUAUCCACAAAAAUGAAUAAUCACUGACAGAGGCUUUGGGGAAAAAAUGAUCAAAAACAAAAA